GUUACAACUUUUCACAUCAGAGGUAGCACACUCCCUUGACCGGAGAAACACCUUUCGGGCCACUUGUGUUCUAUACUCAUAGUUGGGUGGAUACUCCCAAGUCUGAAUCGGAUGGCGGAUCACUGUCAGACUAUGACUCUUUCAGAACCACCACAGUGAUCCGAUCUGGAGCACCGUCAUCCCAUUUUUGAGAAGAUGUCCGCCUCCGCAGGUGGUUCCUCGAAAAGGGCUGGGACGGCAGAGCAUAAGGAACUGGCAUCCGCCCUCUAUGCUCGAUGUCUUUCCAAUUUCCCACCCGAUCAUUUAUUCUACCAGCAAGAUCUGCUCGGCCUGGGUAUUAUCCCCAAUAAUGACCUUUCCUUGUUGAUGAAAUGCGCCCAAUCACUCGUGGAUCAGAGCUUGAUGCGUAUGCUCUAUGGAAAUGACGACCGUCUUGCUUGGAAAAUCAUUGCGCAAUCAGACGCUGAAAAACUCCAAAACCUCAAUGCCGAAGAACGUCUUAUAUACAGUGUGGUCGAAUCAACGGGCCGCAGCGGCGUUUGGACACGAACUAUCAAAUCGCGGACGAAUCUCCAUCAGACAAUUGUGAACCGAUGCCUCAAAUCGCUCGAGACGAAAAACUACAUUAAAUCUGUCCGCAAUGUCAAAUAUCCGCAAAGGAAAAUGUACAUGCUGUCUGGCCUGCAACCAAGCGAAGAUGUCACAGGCGGCGCGUGGUUUACAGAUGGAGUUCUCGAUUCUGAUUUCAUCCGUGGAUUGGGAGGCUGGAUUGAACACUGGGUGAGCUCGCGGAGCUGGUACGACCGCGGCGCAGCUGAACGUAAGGCCAAGAGACAAAAGAUUCGUCCAGAUAAUAAUACGAAGGGGGAACCCCAAUAUCUACCCUAUCUCCCGUCAUACAACGGAUACCCUACCGUUAGCGAUAUCACCAAUGCCAUCAACAACUCCGGCCUGACCCCUGUCACGAUGGGCGAAUCUAGCAUUGCACAGCUACUCGAAAUGCUCUGCUUUGAUGGGAAACUAAUUUCUCUCCGUGACGGGGCCGCCUACAAAAGCGUAAAGAAACCCCACCAGAUAUCCCUGCAGCGCGACCUGGGCCUACAAACCAGCGACCAAACCGACCAGGACAAGGCAGAUCAGGAUAACCUUACGCUUGGCGGAAACGGCAUGACGGAGGCUCCCUGCGGACGAUGUCCUGUAUUUGCACUGUGUGAGGAAGGCGGGCCUGUCAAUGCAGAGAAUUGCGAAUACUUCGAUGCAUGGAUUAAGAAAUCUUUGGCGUUUUGAAACAUGGAGGAGGAUCUUGGGAACCCCCCAUGUUUUUCGUUUGGGACAUAAAGAGAGAUAUAAUACCGCACGAAGAAUUGCCACUUAUACCAACCAAUACUUGUAUGAUAUAUUACCAUAUAUCAUUAUGUAUCAUAGCAUAGCGACGGCGUUUUUGUGGACCUUUCUGUUCUUUUUUCUCUUCAUUAUAUUGCCAGAAAAAUGUAAAAACGAUUUCACCGCUGGAGAAGAGAGGGGAGCAGAUCGCAAUCUGAAUAUUUUAAUAGUUGUUAUUUUAUUUCGUUGCCUUGUUAUAUAUCAUGUACAUCUACACAUGAUACAUCGUAUAACGAAGAGAUAACGAAAUGCAAAUGAUAUGAAAUGAUAGUAAUAGUAAUCGUCAUCAGACUCAAAACGAAUCCCCGUUCCUGAACUUCCUUACUUCCCCAAAUUCUUCCUACACUCCUCACAAUACCAAGUCCCCAACGGCUCCCUCGUCAACCCGACACACUUCCAAUGAAACCACUCAUAUGGACAAUCGUCAUUAUCACACGCCACCAUAUCCCCAUGACUAACACUGCGACACGUACAAUAAGUCUUCGUAUCCUCCCCGCCCUCAUCUUCUUCCUCUUCCUCCCCUUCCUCCUCUGAUUCCCCAUCGGCCGCCCGAGCCCCGCCUCCACUCCGCUUCGACAGUGGCGGGUUAUUCUCCGCUUCCGAAACCUCGGCGCUGCUAAGGACAGAUUCAUCCUCUUCCUCCUCCGCCAAGCCUGUAACAGACGAAGGAGAUUUCUUCCUUGACGUAGCUGCAGAUGCAGCAACGUUUCCCGGAAGGGAUUUUAACCGACCGUUCCCACUGGAGGAGCGCUUUGUGGAUUUUCCGAUUGCGGAGGAUUUCCGUCGUGCCUGCUGUUGGUGCGGGGCUACUUUCUUUGAUGGAGGUUUUUUCACAGCUGUUGUGGUGCGAGGUCCUGCACUGCCUGCACGGGAAGCCCCUGGGGUUCCGGGUUUGG